UUAAUACUAAGAAACGUCAAAACAUGUUAAACUUUUCUUGCCAGCUCAAGUGACUGUGACAAGGAACGUGCUUGAAGAAAAUAGAAAAUAAUAGUGUGUUCACUUUUUCUUUUUCGUUUUUGUUUACAACGUUCUAUUAUGUGAUUUAAUAUUAAAUAUGAAAAAUAUAGAAGGCAAAGUAGUUGUCCUGGGUUCACAAGGUGUUGGAAAGACUAGUAUAAUAGUGAGAUAUGUUGAAAAUGCCAUUCAUCGUCAUGUCAGUCCAACAAUAGGAGCUUCCUUUUUUACUUGCAGAUUAAAUAUAGCUGAUACGAAAAUAAAAUUACAGGUAUGGGACACAGCUGGAGAAGAAAGAUUCAGGUCAAUGGCACCGAUGUAUUACCGUAAUGCCAAUGCUGCCAUGUUGGUAUUCGAUUUGACUCAAUACAGCAGUUUCGCAGGUAUUAAAACUUGGGUUAUGGAAUUGAAGAGAAACGUAGAAGAACAAAUGAUAUUAGCAGUGAUCGGUAACAAAUCAGAUCUUUUCAAAGAUCGACAAGUUGAUGCAGAAGAAGGUAGAACUUAUGCGACUAAAAUAGGUGCUAGUUAUCAUGAAACAUCAGUACCUUAUAACGAAGGUAUUGAAAAUAUAUUUAUGACAAUAGCGAAUGGACUUGUCAGAUUAUCAUCUGGUAGUAGUGAAAUUGUUACAUCGUUAAGGAUCACUGAUUCUAGUAGUUCUAUAUUAACCAGUUCUGGCAUAGUUUUGUCACCUUCGGAAGAAAGCGCAGAAGAUACUAGCAUUGCUCUUGGAACAUACGAAAAGAAUCAUACUUGUUGUUGAUCGAUCAACAAUAUCACAUAAUACUACGUCUUCAAAAUUAAAGAAACAUCGUAUAAGGAAUGUCUUCCAUAAGAUAAAACAAUAACGUCAUUAUUAUUUACAUGUUCGUUAAUCACUGUAUAAGAGUUUAAAAUACUAAACAUGGCUCUUGGAAUGCAUAACUAAAUUGA